UACAAAUGUAAACACAGAUUCAUGUUUCUUUUCAAUCUUUCAAGUAAAAGAAUCGUGCUCACCAAGGAGAAAAGAAAGCAGAAGGACUUUUUCGAAAAAGAAAAGCUGAAAUCAAAGAUGAAGCUGUUGGGAAUUUCUCCCCUUAAAAGCUCAGCUGUCAGCUUAGAUCUCCUCAAUCUGUGUGUUGUUAAUCAGAUAUCUACCAAGAAAGAUUGUUCUGAAAAUGUUCGAAAAGCAGUUCAUGUGGAUAUUAACAGAGGAGUAAAAUUCCCACUGAGAAGGCACAAUGUAGAACUUCCUGAGUCACCACAACAUAGACAGUCUAAACUAUACCAAGAUGACACUGAGCACAGGAUACAACAGGAGGUAUUAGAAAACAGAAGAAAAUAUCUAUCGGAAAAGCAGAACAUUCAGUCCCAAGUAAGUUAUGCUUAUAACAUGCCUACCAAGCUUUUUAUGUUACGCUCAGUUGUGUCGCUGUUGGCUCUAUGCUAGUUACAGCAUAAUAUUUUGCAUCCACCAACUGGCUCUUGCUACAAUUCCUGUGAGA